AUGAACAACCUGGCACUCGUGCUUCGAAGCCUAGGGAAGUACGACGAGGCAGAUCAAAUGCAUCGACAGACACUGGAGCUGAGGCAGAAGGUACUGGGGCCAGGGAAUCCCUCCACGCUCGACAGUAUGAACCACCUGGCAGCAGUGCUUGAUAACCAGGGGAAGCACAACGAGGCAGAGCAGAUGUUCCGACAGACACUGAAGCUGAGUCUGAAGGUGCUAGGGCCAGAGAAUCCCGACAUACUCGCCAGCAUGAACAACCUGGCACUCGUGCUUGAAAGCUAG